UCGCUGUAGCACGGGUGUGUUGCUCGCGCUCGCCACUGACGAAACUUUGUCGAACUUUGCGGAAGUGUGCAGUGCUCCGAACAAAAUUGGUGCAAUUGUGCAGUGUAGCGUGUACAUGAAUGGUGUGAGACGACCUAAACUAUUUCCCUGUAUGGAACUUCUCAUCAUGGAUAUAUAAGUUUUAUCUGUGGACUAUCGAAUAUGGUGAAAUUGUCUUGCGCACGUAUUGUGCGCCGCCGAAUUCGGUCGUUUCCUGAGCAGUGAAGGGUCGGACCAGUAUGACACUACCACACCCGAGUCAUCGUGCUCUUUUGAUGGCACUCAUGCUGAUAUGUCAAGAUUGCGGCGUGAGAAGCUUAGAGUUGCUGGAGCUGCGUGUACCGGCGCACGUGCCUCUCGGCACUCGUGCGCAGCUCUCCUGCCACUGGCGACUCAGUCCCACUGACGUGCUCUACUCUGUUAAGUGGUAUAAGGAUGGCAAGGAGUUCUUCCGUCACGUACCUCGAGAUAUCGAACCCUGCAGGAAGUUUCCUCUACCUGGCGUUGAUGUCGUAGCAUCUAGUCGAGACGCAGCCAAUGUGACCCUCCAGUCCGCGGUGCUGGAGACAGGCGGCAGAUACCGCUGCGAAGUGUCAGGGGAACGGCCGCUUUUCCUCACUGUGUCCGACCACGCGGACAUGAUCAUUGUUGCAUUGCCCGACCACGGACCAACGAUAACAGGGUCGCGUCUGCGUUAUCAAAUUGGAGACAGGGUUCAAGUGAACUGCACAUCGGGGAAGUCGCGACCGGCUACGCGGCUAGCUUGGUAUAUUAAUGGUGAGCCGGCUCCCUCCCCGGCUGUUCUCCCCCCUACACACCAGAUAACCGAGGAUGGGCUAGAAAUCACGAGCCUUGCGCUUGACUUUAAGGCCAAGCCAAAGCACUUUAGGAAAGGAGAUCUUAAAUUAAAAUGUUUGGCUACAAUAGCAACGGUAUAUUGGCGAAGUAAUGAGGAGAGUGUACAGGGGGAGCGCUUGAAAGGAUACGCAAGAUCCCGAGAGCUCAGUGAAGGUACCUCCCGUGCGGACCGGGUGCAGGCCGCGGUCAAGCCCGGUGGUUCCUCCACUGGACUCAGUGUCGCUUCACGUCUAGUUCUCUUGUGUACUUUGAUCUUAUACAUGUUACCGACAUGACUUCUUAAUAAUACAGUUUGUGAUAUGGUUCUAUGAGUGUUAAAAGUUGUGAUGGUUAUAUACUUUUGUUGUGAUUGUGAAGUUCCAGGAUUGAAACACGGUGAAAACUAUUUGAAUGAAUAUUUUAACAUUUUGCUGGUUUUUAUCUGCGCUUUUUGAAUCGAGAAUCCAUUCCACAUUAAGUCUUAAGUAUCAAAUGAUCCAUUUGUUAUAAUAACAUUUAAUUACUUAUUACUAAACUUACCAUUAUUACCGAGGUACUUUAAAAUUACAGAUAUAAACAGAGCUGGUGUUUAUAAUAUUGUAUAUGUAAUGCGUAAUUUGCAUAUAAUGUUGUUAAGGUUAUAUCAAAUUAUAGUUGUAAAUUGUAGCUAAGUUUAAAAUAAGAUUAUAAUAAUAAACAAAAUGAUUUAUAAAAGCAAAACUUUAAAUAGGAAAGGUGAAAUCGAAUGUCUUAAGAUGCUUAUUACAAGAUUGUCUUGUAAAUAUUGUAUUAAUAAGAUUAUUCAUUUAUUUGGAAGCUGAGUAAAAUUUAGAGCACUUAUACAUUGAAUAUGUAGCUAUUGCUUCAAAGUUAGGUAUUUAUUUAGUAAUUUAUUUGGGCGUAAUCUAUAAUUUAUUUUGAGACUUGCCACAAAAAAGGGUUAUUUAUAUAAAUACAAUACGCUAAUUAUUUCAUAUGGGUACAGGACAGUAUUAUAAUUGUUCUUAGAACACAAAACAUUACACCCAAAGAAAUUUUUAAGAAAUGUAACUUUAACAAUAUUAUAACAUAUCAUUUAUAUACAAGUUAUAUUCUUUACAUGUAUAUGAGGCCGUGAAUGUCACAUUUUCUAUAAAAAUAUAUUUAUAUGUGCCAUCAAUUGUAAUAUAAUUAUAAUGCUAAUUUGUUUUCUAUUGUUUAAAUUAUUUUUAUUAAAAUAUGACCUCAUUUAUGUCCAAAGACGUAUUGUUUACCAAAGUGCCGAAAUUAAUAAUAGGUACAUUUAAUACAGUGACAAGGUUAGGUACUUGAAUUUUUACCAAUAUAAUCUAAAUAUUAUUGCAUUAUUGAACUGUAUGUUUACAGGACAAAAAAAAAAUACAAUCUAAAAUUCAGUGACGGUAUAAGUGCUAAAGUAUAAAACACAUCUUUCUAAUUUAUAAAAAAAUCUCCGCGGUCAAAUGUUGUAGUGAGAUUUAUUUUAUUAUUUUCAUUUUUUGCAUAAUAAUAUAUUCAUGUUGAAUGCCUAUAGCGUUAGGUCACCCUUUUAUAUCACUUUUUAUAAAUAAUAAUACAAUGUCAUUUGUUUAAACAAACUAUAAUACAAGAACGGCGUUAAUGACUUUUUAACGUAAAAGCAGAUAUAAGCAAAUGGGAAUUGUUUUAACAUUAAGUAAACCAUGGUUAUAUAAUAUAUCAUUAAAAAAUAUAUAUAAUACUGUGUUAUGUAAACCGGGGCAUAGUAACCAAAGAAUAAUUGGCACAAGCCCUGUUAAGUUCGGAGCCAUACUCAUUUACCUACACGAGCACUUAUUUGAAUUUUCCACCAAAAUUCGAGUUGAUGGAGCAACUAUUCCAUUUUAUGUAUUAAUAAUUCAAGUCUUAUGUAUUAUACCUCCAAAAUGAAAAAUAAUUUUAUUACGUUUACUUCUGUAAAGAAUUCAGAACCUGACAAGUAACAUAUAAUGUUACAUAUGCAAAAUAUACAAAAGUUUGUGAAAUAUUAAGAGUAUUGUAUGCAUAAUAUAUCAAUAAACAGUCGGGCAUAUUAUACCUUAUAGGUUAUGGAUACUAAUCGAAUACCUAUUACUAUACUUACAUGUUUUUUAUAUAUUUUAUGUUAAUAUAUUUCUAUUUACUAUCUUUCUUCCGUAUUUAAUUUAAUUUAUCAAAUAUGAUUUCCUUAGUUUAUUUACUCUAAUCUUCUUUGUUUUUGAGAAGAUUAAAUUAAAUAGUAGAAAAAAAUAAUUCUUUAGUCUCCAGAAGUGGCAAUGGAUGAUUGAACCAUAGGUGUCACAGUAUAUUAAGUGCCAUCCACGGUGCUAGUCAUGUCUAUAUACGAUGGAUAUCACUAUUUACUAAGUAAGCCAUUAUAAGAUGCAUAUUUUUUGUCUAAUUUUGUUUGGACUAUAAACAAUUGUACAAUUAAUAUUACAAAAUUUAUAAAUCUCGAGUAUAUAUAAUCCUAGUUAUACAAAAUGUCAAUAUAUAUUUAUAUAUGUAUAUUAAUAAGGAAUGUAUUAUGUAUUUAAGUAUGCGUAACACAUAUCAUUAUAUUACAAUAACUCCUGUCAAAAUACGAUAAUGCCUCUAUGUUUAAGUAAGCGUAGUAUAAAGUGAUAGGAGUUAUAAUUAUUUUGUGUUGUGUAAAUAACAGCAUUGAAGAAUUCUUUAUUAUAAUUACCCAAAUUAUUCACGUCUCUGAAAUUUGUUAAUGAAUAAACAUAUUUUAUAAUAGCAAAGUCAUGUUUUUAUCACUUUCUUUAAAAUUAAUAAUUUAUGUGAAAAAAGAUACAAAUUACUCCAUUAAAAGUUUAUUAUAUUACAAUAAAUUCUGUUUUAUGAAGAAAUUUAUUAAUUCCUUGGUUAAUUAUUAUGUUUGUAAAACGUUUUAGCUGAGGUAAAAGCACACAAUAAGUGACAGUUUAGUUUAGAAACUGUUCAACACUCGAGUGUUAAAAAUGUUUUAAAAAUAUUACUCUUUAUUUAAUUUUAUCUUCUUUCUAUAAAAAAAUAACAAUGAAAUGAGACAUACUUAAAUUUUAACAAAGCUCCGUCGCUACGAACUGAUGGACGGACAGUAUCUAUUUUUGCAUUGUCGCGUCGUUGAAUAGUUCACUAUAUAAUAUAGUGAUAGUAAAAAUACUUUAGAAAAAUUCAUUAUUUUCAUUAAUUAAAUCAUUUAAAAGUACCUUUUUAUAUACUUAGUGUAUUUAAGUUUUUUACAAAAAUAAAAGUGUAUAGACAUGCAGAUUAGUACUCACGUAUUGUUAUCUAAAAUUAUUUUUUGUCUAUUUUAUAUAUAAUAUAUUUAUCAUGUAGUAAGUAUAAAAAGAUUAUAACUUUAAUUGUGGAUCCUAUGAGUAGUUAUAGCUUCUUAUAAUGUUGUAUUAAACAAUUACAUAUAUUCAUGUAAAAUUUUCAAAGACAGGUCUUUAUUCACCUUAUGAUUACUUUCAGGUUUUGUAAUAAGACUUUGAAUAUCAAUAUCUAUCAACAGAAAAAAUGCUGGCUUAGAUUAUUGAUUCCAAAUUUAAAAAAAAAAUAUUGUAAAACUAUUUCUUAUUUUAAAAAUUUUAUUAUAGUAAACAUAUGCAAAUAUACAUUAGAUAACUGGCUGUACGAGCGACGUGGUUACGUGAGAGCAAAGUGAUUCCAGAGGCACUAUAGGCAUGUAGAGUUUGUGUAAAUUUCUUGUAAAUAGAUUAAAACUCUUCACACAAAUAGACAGAUAUCUUUAACUAUAAAGAGAAAUUAAAUUACAGCUGAAUAACCAAUAAAAUAAAAAGUAAAGCAAAAAUCAAAUUCUAUAAUUUUAAUUUUAAUAAAUUAUUCAUUACAUAAGUUUAUACUAGAUAUGUUAUGUGUAUUACUCAGGAUAACCCCGUACGAAUUUUAAAGCUCGAACGCCAGUAGUUUUGUCUGUUCUCUGAUCGCAAUCACUUAGGAUUCUUAUUUGUACCGACUUGUGUAAGUAUAUAGUAAUCUAUAACAAAAUGCAAAUAGAUUUACCGCCUUUUAAAUUUUUCAUGUACAAUGUAAUAAUCAAUGUUUUGUUUUUUUUUUGUAAAAUAUGGUAAUUAUUAUACAAUAAAUUUAAAUAUCGUAAGGAAA